AUGAAUACGCCCGCGAAGCGCGGUAACCGCUGAAUCUCUCCGCAACUACGCAAAAUUCCCGGUGAUGCGAAGGCAGAGCCAAAGCGUGCCCUUGCGCGAGACCGGCACGGGACCACGGCGGAACGUACGAGGGCCGUGAGCCCUCCCCCAGUCCCCUCCGUUCCACCACCGUUCCUCCAGCGAUUCGCGGGGUGACCGCGAAUCGCUCUCCCUCACGCGCCUGUCCGACGCGGACGGGUAUCGAAUCGGGCUCGGUCCCGAUAUAUCUCCAGGGGGGUGGCCACUCUCGCCUGCCAUUCGCACGCGAGACCCGCGCGCGACGAGCAACCCGAGCGGGGAGCGGAGUGUCGGCCGAGUAUUUCCCAAUUCGAGAACUUGAUCAGUUCCCAACUCUCCCCCUGACGUGCGGAGGGUCGUGGACAAAGAUAUCCCCUGCAGAAAACGAACUCGUAAAAAAUUUAAUAAGAAACGGAAGCUUCGGGAGAAGGAACUGUUCGUCGGAAUUGAAUUUUAAUCGAUCGUGGUGAAAGGGGCGAAAGACGUCGGGGUGGACGAAGGACGAAGAGAAGAGUGACAUUCGCGCGAGGAGAUUCGCGGGCGAUCGAACGAGUACGCAGCAGCGUCGUGAAAAGGGUGAAAGAGAGAGGGAGGGAGGGAGGAAGGGAGAGAGAGAGAGAGAGAGAGAGAGAGAGAGAGAGAGAGAGAGAGAGUGUGUGUUCGAUUAGUCUGGCGACGAGGUCGAUCGGGCGAGGACGAUGGCAGUGAGCGCUUUCUCGACGACAUUGCACACCACCGAUUUUGCCACUACGUGUCCCACUACACCCGCGCUCUGGACCGAGGCGUUGCUACCACCCGAAGACGAGGAGGACAACGUCCUGCACAUCGGUGGCAUCUUCCCUGUAGCUGGAGAGGGCGGCUGGCAAGGCGGCCAGGCUUGCAUGCCAGCUGCGCGUCUGGCCUUAGAGGACGUUAAUCGCGAAAAGAACUUGUUACGCGGAUAUAGACUGCACCUCCAUUCCAACGAUAGCGAGUGCGAGCCCGGCCUCGGUGCAUCUGUAAUGUACAACUUACUAUACUUUCCACCCUAUAAAUUAAUGCUGUUGGCUGGGUGCAGUACGGUAUGCACUACGGUCGCCGAAGCGGCGAAGAUGUGGAACUUGGUGGUGCUUUGCUACGGUGCAUCGUCGCCGGCGCUGUCUGACCGAAAUCGAUUCCCGACCUUGUUCAGAACGCAUCCUUCCGCCACUGUGCACAACCCCACGAGAAUCAAAUUGUUGCAAAAGUUCGGCUGGUCUCGGGUAGCGAUAUUGCAGCAAGCCGAAGAAGUAUUUAUAUCGACCGUCGAAGAUCUAGAAGCACGAUGUAAGGAAGCUGGGAUAGAGAUAGUUACCCGUCAAAGCUUCCUAUCGGAUCCCACGGAUGCCGUGAAGAAUCUACGUCGUCAGGACGCUCGGAUAGUCGUCGGUUUGUUCUACGUCGUAGCCGCGAGACGGGUGCUCUGCGAGCUCUAUCAUCAGAAGCUGUACGGCCAGUCCUACGUGUGGUUCUUCAUCGGCUGGUACGAGGACGAUUGGUUCGAGAUUAAUCUGGAAAAGGAGGGCAUCACCUGCACGAAGGAGCAAAUGCGAAUGGCAGCGGAGGGACAUAUGACCACCGAGGCACUUAUGUGGAAUCAGAAUAACGACACGACAAUCAGCGGCAUGACCGCCGAGGACUUCCGAAAGAGAUUGAACAAGUUGCUGAAGGAUGACGGUUACGACAUAGAUAACGAUCGAUAUCCAGAAGGAUACCAGGAGGCGCCCCUCGCCUAUGACGCCGUCUGGUCCGUCGCUCUUGCGUUCAACAGAACCAUGGAAAGGCUAAGCAAGUUGGGGAACAGUUUGAAGAACUUCACUUACGAAAACAAAGAGAUCGCCGACGAGAUAUACGCGGCGGUAAACUCGACCCAGUUUCUCGGAGUUUCCGGUCACGUCGCGUUCAGCUCGCAGGGUGAUAGAAUCGCUCUGACGCAAAUAGAACAGGUGAUUGACGGGAAGUACGUUAAAUUAGGGUACUACGAUACACAAAGUGACAAUCUGACAUGGCGAAACGUAGAGCGAUGGAUUGGCGGCAAGGUGCCGCAGGACAGAACAAUAAUAAGAAACGUUUUAAGAACAGUGUCACUGCCCUUAUUCAUAAGUAUGGCGGCCUUGUCGGUGAUCGGUAUCAUAAUAGCCAUCGGAUUGAUCGUUAUACAUAUAUAUAAUCAAUGUCUACUUUUCAGAGUUGUAUAUUCGUCUCAUCCCAGCGCCAACACGAUAAUGCUAGUGGGAAUAAUAGUCUGCUUCUUGGCCGUGUUGUGUAUAGGAGUUGACGGUAGGUUUGUGACGCCGUGGCAGUUUUUGAUAGUCUGUCAGGCUAGAGCGUGGACGAUGUCGGUCGGUUUCACCUUGGCGUUCGGUGCCAUGUUUAGUAAAGUGUGGAGGGUCCAUCGACUCUCUACGAAGGCAAAAGCCGAUCAAGGAAAAUCAUUGACGGCUAAACAAAAAGUUUCGUCUAUACAGAAGAAGAUUGAGCCAUGGAAGCUGUACUGUAUGCUGGGCGGAUUGCUGUCGAUCGAUAUCAUCCUCCUCGUCACUUGGCAAAUAGUCGAUCCGUUGCAUCGAAGAAUCGAGACCUUCGCCCUGGAACUACCUCCUUAUGGAGACGAGGACGCGAUGAUCAAACCCGAAUUGGAGCAUUGUGAAAGCGAACACAAUAGCUUGUGGCUCGGCUUGAUCUAUGGCUAUAAAGGCAUUGUCCUUGCUUUCGGGCUCUUUCUAUCUUACGAAACGAGAAGCCUCAAAAUCAAACUGAUCAAUGAUUCCAGAUACGUAGGAAUGUCGAUAUAUAACAUCGUAGUUCUAUGUUUCAUUACGGUACCUGUCGUAAUGGUCAUUUCUAGCCAACAGGACGCGAGUUACGCCUUCUCGGCGCUAGCCACUAUCUUCUGUUGCUUCCUCAGUAUGGCUCUCAUCUUUGUACCGAAGGUCAUUGAAGUGAUCAGGCAUCCCAAAGAUAAGUCCGAGUCGAGGUACAAUCCGGACAGUGCAGUAUCCAAGGAAGAAGAAGAGAAGUAUCAGAAACUACUCAUCGAAAACGACGAUCUUCAAAAACUCAUUGCUGCGAAAGAAGAAAAGAUUCAAGCCAUCAAGCAGAAGCUGGCUGAACGUGACGCCCUAAAAGGAAGCGGCACAAGUCGUUGCAGGCAAGGUCAGCCCAAACAGUCCUUCAUCAUUGCUGACUACCCGACCGGCGAGGGAACAUCGGACAGUGCUAUCGGCACGCAGCACAUCGCCGAAAUGUACGAACUGCACCGACUAUGAUGCCAAAGCAAUACACACAAACGAGCGCUACGCUUGCGACAAAACUCUCUUCUAAAACUAGUAUUAAAUCUAUAACGUGCACACACGGUCAAUAUGCGAAUAUAAUAUGCGAGUCUUGGAACACGCCAAAC